CGGGCAGGGUGUGAGGGGCAGGAGGCUGGGAGGUGGCAGCAGCGCCCGGCCCACGAUGCGGAGGGUGCGGGUGAACGCCGCAGCCCUGCUCACCGUCGCCUGGAUCCUCGGCUUGUUCUACUAUCUGUGGCAAGGCGGCAAGCCCCGUCCCGCAGCGCACAGCCCUGGGGAGCGCCAGCUCCAGCUCCAGCUCCAGCUCCAGCUCCAGCCCCAGCACCUCGGGCAGGGCGCCGGCGGCCGGCAGGCGAUAACUAAAACGCCGCCAUUGGAUAAGAAUAAAGUACAGGCCUUCGACGAGAAGGCCUAUCUCUCCAGCAAGCUUCUGCAGCUCGGAGAAGAUCCCUAUGGACACCAUGCAUUCAACCAGCAGGAGAGUGACAAGCUUGCCAGUGACAGGGUGAUCCGUGACACCAGGCACUACAGGUGUUCCUCCCUUACGUACACCGAGAACCUGCCACCGACCAGUGUCAUCAUCACCUUCCACAACGAGGCCCGCUCCACACUGCUGCGCACCGUGAGAAGCAUCCUGAACCGCAGUCCUCCCAAACUAAUCCAGGAAAUCAUCCUUGUGGAUGACUACAGCAAUGACCCUGAGGACUGUGAGCUCUUAACCAAGAUUCCCAAGAUCAGAUGUUUGAGGACCACGAAGCGGGAAGGGCUGAUCCGAUCGCGAGUGAAGGGAGCUGAUGCCGCUGCUGCAGAGGUCCUAACCUUCCUGGAUAGUCACUGCGAGGUAAACAAGGACUGGCUACAACCCCUGCUGCAAAGAGUUAAGGAGGAUCACACACGUGUGGUGAGCCCCAUCAUCGACGUCAUAAGCCUGGACACCUUUGCUUACCUGGCUGCAUCUGCUGAUCUCAGGGGAGGAUUUGACUGGAGUUUGCACUUUAAAUGGGAGCAGAUGUCCAUUGAGCAGAAGAUGGCAAGGCCGGAUCCGACCCAAUCAAUCCGGACCCCUGUUAUCGCUGGAGGGAUCUUUGUCAUGAAUAAAUCCUGGUUUAACCACCUCGGAAAAUACGACACGCAAAUGGACAUAUGGGGUGGUGAAAACUUUGAGCUGUCUUUCCGUGUCUGGAUGUGCGGAGGAAGUUUGGAAAUUGUUCCGUGCAGCCGUGUUGGGCACGUCUUCCGCAAGCGGCAUCCGUACGACUUCCCCGAGGGCAACGCACUCACCUACAUAAGGAACACCAGGCGGACUGUGGAGGUCUGGAUGGAUGAUUACAAACAGUACUACUACGAAGCCCGCCCCGCAGCUGUUGGCAAGCCCUAUGGGAAUGUUGCCGAUCGAGUGGAGCUGCGCAGGAGGUUGCAGUGCAAGUCCUUCCAGUGGUACCUCGAAAACAUCUACCCUGAACUGCGAAUCCCAGAGAAGGACUUGUUUGAAACAGUCAUGAUACGGCAGAAAGGAAGGUGUUUGGAACCUCAGAGUCCUUACGGAACAGCCAACCCCAUUGUCAAACUGGGUCUGUGCUCAGACACUCAAAACAUCAUUUCCUCCAGCCAGGAAUGGGUCUUGUCUGGAUCUCUGAUCAAGCAGAGUGACAAGUGUGUGGCGAUUACAAACUUCUCCAUAGAUUCGCAGGUCGUGCUGGAUGAGUGCAACCAAGGGGAUGGCAGACAGAAAUGGAAGUUGAAGGGAGGAGCAAUCCAGCAUCUUAUAACCGGCGCCUGCUUGGACAGCCAAGCAGCCAAGUUGGAACCGAACCGGGUAGGCACCACACCUUGUCAGCCCAAGCUUCACAGCCAACAGUGGGACGUGUUGAAGAUCACGUGACAUCAGAAGCCAUGUGCCCCCAUAUCAACGUGCAUAGACAUGAACUGGGAUUUUUAAAGUUGUGUAAAUAUAUUUUCACUCUAGACGUAAGACUGAACACUGAUGGCACUAUGAUAAGCUACAUGAAGAGGACAAGUUGGGUCAAGAGCCCCAACACGAUUUGAUAUGAAUGGAACUGGAGUUCACUUGUAAACAAACAAAAUGCCUCUAUGACUUCUCUCCCCUGGGGUUCCCUUCGUAGUUGGAGACCCCAGAGUGAUUUCGGAGGUUUGGUAACUUUAGUCACAAUAUCUGAGGGCAGAGUGUUCCAGGGUCAAAAAGCUGACCCGAUCACAUCAAAGGUGGUGCUGUUUAAGCAGUGUUAUUACAGCACUUCCUGCAAACAGCAGCUCCCUUGAUCACUUCUUAAUGUUUAAACUCAUGGCGGGUUUGUGAGUUUUUGUUGAGUCCACAACCGGACUGGAAAUAAAAUCAUAGCUGGCGUUGACAAAUCUUUGGAUGAUCAGUUGACGUCUCAUAUCCCAGCAGUAAGUACAAAAGAA